AAGAAAAAAAAAAAAAAGAAAGAAGAAGAAAUAGAAAUAUAAAAUGGUGCUUCAAACAGUGGAUAUUUUGAAAAACGAGAUUCCUUUCGAGGAGGAAUCUGUGUUCAUAUCCGAUGAUUCUAAGGCCGGUUUAGUUCUUGUUGACAUCAUUAAUGGCUUCUGCACUGUUGGAGCUGGCAAUUUGGCUCCAAGGGAACCAAACAAGCAGAUCAGUGAGAUGGUUGAAGAAUCAUCAAAACUAGCAAAAAUAUUUUGUGACAAAAAAUGGCCGGUGAUCGCCUUUCUCGACUCGCACAAUCCCGGGAAAAUCGAGCAUCCUUAUCCACCACACUGCAUCAAUGGCACAGAUGAAUCAAACCUAGUUCCCGAAGAUGAGCCGAACGUAAAAAUUAGGCGUAAAGAUUGUUAUGAUGGCUUUGUGGGCUCAAUUCGAGAGGACGGGUCAAAUGUCUUUGUGGAGUGGGUGAAGAACAACAAGAUCCAGCUCCUGUUGGUUGUCGGAAUAUGCACCGACAUUUGUGUGCUCGACUUUGUUUGCUCCACAUUAUCUGCUAGAAACCGUGGUUUGCUCGAGCCACUAGAAAAUGUGGUCGUGUACUCGAGAGGAUGUGCUACUUUUGAUUUUCCAGCUUCAGUGGCAAAUAGCAGCAAGGAUCAAUUAGCUCAUCCACAGGAACUGAUGCAUCACGUGGGUCUUUACAUGGCCAAGGGACGAGGAGCAACGAUUGCUAGGCAAGUAUUGUUUGAUAAAAAUCAAGAGGCUAUGAAGUAGCCACUUUCCGCAUGAAGUUAAAAGUGGAUCGUGUGUUCUGUCAGUUUAAGAAUAAUGUCUAAAUUCAUUGUGAAGCUUCAUAUGUAAACAGAGGAUUGAGUUUUAUUUCAGUUCACGAAUGAUGUCGAAUGGGUCGUGCAGUUUGAUGAAUAAAUAUGUUCGAAUUCACGAGUUAAUGACUCAAUGUAAAGGGGUGUGGCUCUGUAUUUUCUCAAGUGACUCGGUUUAUUAGUGUGCAUUAGUGCUAAAACGACAACAAUUUUGUCAUAAGUUUCUGUUCUUUCAGGGAAAAAUCCAACAGAAAAAUAUAUACACAAUACAAUGGAUGAUAUAUAAGUUAUGCGGAGG